AUGGCUAGCGCUGCAGUAAUGAUGGACGUGGACUCCUCUGGGGCCAACGAUUUGCAUCAUUCAGAGAGGAAAUAUGCUGAACAAGACCAAAUUCAGGAGCUUCUAAACGUGUUGAACGAGAUCUCCAAAACCACCAUCACAUUGGAUCCCAGAUACAUAUGGAGGAGUUUGAAGGACUUGAGCUCUUUGAGAAACCAAGAGCUUUUGAAUGCAGAAACCCUAUCUUUCACGGUGAAUGUCCUAUACCCCGAUUCCUCGUCGUUCAAAAAAAACCUACUCAAAUUCAUUAAUUCCAACCACAAAUCAUCGGUAUCGGACUCAGAUGAGCUUAGAAACUCGUAUCCGGCUUCCUUUUAUUCAGUAAACACCGAGCAAAAGACCAUUGAAGUGACACCCGAAAUUAAUUGCUUUAUCCAUUUAUUGGUUCAAUUGUUUUUAUGGGACAGUAAGCAAUUACAGGAAUUGGUGCGGUUCAAUAGGAAGGUCGUUAUUCCAAAACUCUUGUGUUUUUACAACUUACGUUCCUUAAAUUUGAUCAACGCUAAGUUGUGGUUUUACAUAUAUUUGAGCCACGAAACACUAUUGCGUAGCUCCGCGGAAAAUGAUGACGAUAAUCAAAACAUAAUCCUAAGAUCCACUAUGAUGAAAUUCUUGAAGAUUGCCUCUUUGAAACACGACAACGAGACUAAAGCCAUGCUGAUUAACCUGAUUCUGAGAGAUUUUUUGAAUAACGGUGAGGUUGACAGCGCGUCUGAUUUCAUCUCCAAAUUGGAAUUCCCACAUAUAGACGUUUCCAGCACAUUAGAGGCAAGGUACUUUUUCUACUUAUCCAAAAUCAAUGCUAUUCAAUUGGACUAUUCCACCGCAAAUGAAUACAUAAUUGCGGCCAUUAGAAAAGCUCCUCAUAACUCCAAAAGUUUGGGAUUUUUACAACAAUCAAACAAGUUACAUUGUUGUAUUCAGUUACUAAUGGGUGAUAUUCCAGAAUUAUCAUUUUUCCAUCAAUCUAAUAUGCAAAAAUCCCUUCUACCUUAUUACCAUUUAACCAAGACCGUUAAAUUAGGUGACUUGAAAAAAUUUACAUCCACAAUCACAAAGUACAAGCAACUUCUAUUGAAAGACGACACUUAUCAACUAUGUGUAAGAUUAAGAUCUAAUGUUAUCAAAACAGGCAUUAGAAUCAUCUCUUUAACCUAUAAAAAAAUUUCAUUAAGGGACAUUUGUUUGAAACUGAAUUUGGAUUCAGAACAAACUGUAGAAUACAUGGUUUCGAGAGCUAUUAGGGAUAGUGUUAUUGAAGCCAAGAUCAACCACGAGGAUGGCUUUAUUGAAACGACAGAAUUACUAAACAUUUAUGACAGUGAAGAUCCCCAGCAAGUAUUCGAUGAAAGAAUUAAAUUUGCCAACCAGUUACACGAUGAAUACCUUGUUUCCAUGAGGUACCCUGAGGAUAAAAAGACUCAACAGAAUGAAGGAAAUGAGAACGGCGGAAAUGAUGAUGACAUACUUGAUGGCGAUUUAAUGGAUGAUAUGUCUGAUAUCUCGGAUCUCGACGAUUUAGGGUUUUUAUAA